UGGGGGCGUCCAGCUAAAAUAAAGCCCUGGGCAUGGGCGGAGUUGGACCAGGUGUCGUCGGAGUGGGAGGAGUGGGUGUGCCCGGAAUGGGUGUUGCUGCUGCUGGCCAGCAGCAGUUCUACGGAGCCACGGGCUUUGGCUUGCACCAACAACAACAACAGCAGCAGCAUCAGCAACAGCAGCAGCAGCAGCAGCAACACCAGCAGCAGCAGCAGCAUCAGCAGCAGCUUAUGGGCCUGGGCCUGGGCCUAGGAGGAGGAGGAGCAUCUGGAUCCAUUGGAGGUGCAGCAGGAGCAGGCGGCGGAGGAGCAGCAGGCGGAGGCGUUGGCAGCAUGGGAAGCAGCUGCAAGCGCUACCAAAGAAAGUUUUACAAUCGCAACUGAACGAGAGAGAGAGAGAGAGAAAACAGAAGAUAGGAGAAGAGAAGACGAUGCCACAGGAUGUGGGCAUAAGGGAAUGACGAAUGAAUGGAGUGGAGUCCGAUACUUCAAUCUUCGGUUUGCUUUUUUUGACUGAGUUCAAGCUUAAUUAGAGUUCUAGUUUCUAGUGUUUUUUUCACUCGAUUAAGUUGUGCCACACACACACACACAAACACACAAACACACAUACAACAAUCACUUGCUGAAUGGCUUGCAAAUUAAGUUUUUCCCCCCAACUGAAUAUGGGGCGGAGCAAUCGUUUCGUUAUUUAAGAUCUGUACAUAAUUUAAUUGCUAAAACUGUUGAACACUAGAAGUAUGUUUUUUUUGGCAUUUUUUUUUUAUUUUUUAUUUCUAUUGUGUGUCCGAGUGUGUACCACUGCGUAUGGGUAUAUUCGUAUUCAUAAUUCAUAUUCAUAACUCAUCAUAUUGAUAUAUGUGUAUAUGUAAUAAUUAUUUUAGUUUUACACGCUCGAAGCGUGCGGUGCCAAAAUAAAUUCAAAGCAGUGCCAAAAAAACAAAAAAGUCAAGAGAAGAACGCAUA